AUGUACAAGAGUAUCAACACUUUUAGACAAUCAUCACUGUGGAACACUGCAGUUGGAAAGCGCUUCUACUCCUCGACAGAGGAUGCUAAGCUCAAGACCAGAGUGCCAAUAUUCAGACCAAACGAAGCACAGGAACACAUCUCACUGGGCAAGCUUAAGGAGUCAGAGCAUUCAGUUGCCCUUUACAACCUCGAGUUCAUCAAGAUUGAUAACAUUGUAAACUUGAGCACUGAUCAAUUGAACAGAUUGGUUGUUAUUCCAAAAGGAGACAAGUUGUCAUUGGAGGCUAGAAUCGAGAAGUUGGAGAAUGAGUUGGCUGCUUUCAGAAACCAAGGUUCAUCAUCAUCAACUCAGCAGCAGUCGACAUCGACAGUGAACAUCCCUCCACCUCCACGUGGAAACGAUAAGUUGUAG